UUGACCAUUUGUAAGAUACUAAUAUCGGCGUCUUCUUUAUUGCAGGUGCACAGUAGUCUUUUUUAAUACCAGGACAGAACAACAAAGCCAUAUCAUCAACACUAGCCGAAAAACCAUAACUUCAUUGGCAUUUUCAGCAUGUGGUCGAUAUAUUGUGACAGGGGAAUGUGGACACCAACCAGCAGUGAGAGUAUGGGACCUUCAGUCAGACCCACAGUCAGGCCAUCCAGGUUUAGCUCCACAGCCCCAACAAGUCGCCGAAUUUUUGGUUCACAAGUUUGGUAUCAACUGUGUGGCAUUUUCGCCGACGGGCAAAUAUGUAGUCAGCAUAGGCACUCAGCACGAUAUGAUAGUGAAUGUGUGGGACUGGAAGAAUAAUAUUAAAGUAGCCAGUAAUAAAGUUAGCACGAAAGUCAAGGCGAUCGCUUUUGCUGAAAACGGCAGCUAUUUUGUUACUGUUGGUAAUAGGCACGUGAAGUUUUGGUACCUGGAAUACGGAAAUGCUAAGUACAAGGACACAGUUCCGUUAAUGGGUAGAUCAGCCAUAUUGGGUGACCAAAGGAAUAACUAUUUCUGUGAUGUAGCUUGUGGUAAAGCGGACUGUGCGGAUAGCACGUACGUAAUCACAAGGUCCGGACUGCUCUGUGAAUUCAAUAAUAGAAGACUUUUAGAUAAAUGGGUAGAAUUAAGGACAACAAGUGCCAACUGUAUUGCUGUAGGAGAAAAAUAUAUUUUUGUGGGUUGCGCAGAAGGUAUCAUUAGAUGUUUCGAUCCGACUACACUUAAGUUUGUUACUACGCUUCCUAGAAAUCAUUACUUAGGAGUAGAUGUUAGCCUUGGAACUAGUAUACAGCAUAUGGCCUCACCUCCUCAAGAUGCCAAAUAUCCCGACACUGUAGCCAUAACGUUCGAUGAAACGAAUAAUAAACUAACGUCCGUUUACAACGAUCACUCCAUAUACGUUUGGGAUGUCUUCAAUAUUCAGAGGGUGGGUAAAUCUUUUUCAUUUCUGUACCAUUCGGCGUGCAUUUGGGGCGUAGAGAUGGCACCUCCGAACAGUCCUCUACCACCGGGUAGUUUCCUCACUUGCAGUUCGGACGACACCAUAAGAGUGUGGACUCUAGACAAAAUAAAUGAAAGCAGUUCCAAAGGAAUCUAUCAGCCAAAUAUAUAUAGUAAUGAAUUGCUGAAAGUUGUAUAUGUAGAUAGAGAUUUAUCAUUUAUAAAAGAUCUAGAUAUAUCUGGAACGACAGAAAAACAAGAAAACACUUCUUACGAUGGAAGAAACGGUGUUAGGUGUAUAAGGAUUAGUCCAGAUGGAAAACAUUUGGCAUCAGGAGACCGAGCAGGAAAUAUUCGUAUCCACGAUGUAUCAUCAAUGCGAGAGGAUUGCAAAAUCGAAGCACACGAUGCUGAAGUCCUUUGUCUAGAAUACUCAGAUACUAGCCUUAACCUGAUGGCAUCCGCCAGCCGAGAUAGGCUUAUUCACGUCUUUGAUAUGAAAGACGGAUACGAGUUUCUGCAAACCUUAGACGAUCAUUCUUCUUCUAUUACAGCCGUACGGUUUUUACACCAUGGGGGAAAUACACAGAUGGUAUCAUGUGGAGCCGACAAAAGUCUCAUUUUCAGGUCGCUAGGGGAAUUAAACAAUAAACCUCAAUUCACUAGAGCACACAACGCUACUGGCAAAACUACCCUGUAUGACAUGGAGGUGGAUACGGGACAAAAACACGUGUUAACCGCUUGUCAGGAUAGAAACGUCCGCAUUUACAGUGUACAUAACGGAAAACAUACGAAGAGUUUUAAGGGUAGUACAGGAGACGAUGGAACGUUGAUAAAGGUCGUCCUGGAUAGAUCCGGCAUCUACUUAGCCACCUCCUGCACCGACAAAUCCCUCUCAGUCUACGAUUAUUACUCUGGGGAAUGUAUGGCCACCAUGUGCGGCCAUUCCGAGCUAGCGACGGGUCUACGUUUCACCAACGAUUGCCGCCGACUCAUUUCUGCCAGUGGAGACGGUUGCAUCUUCGUGUGGCGAGUUCCGCACGAUAUGGUGGUCACGAUGCAUGCGAGAUUAAGCCAGCAAGCCAUGAGGCAGGGCAAGCAGUUGGAGCAGGAGGUGUUUAGCGACAGCAGUACCUUUGAUUUCUAUGAAGGGGUCAAUAAUGUUGAUACUAAUUAUAGGUUUAGCAUAGGUCAGCUGCCCCAGUGGGCUAAGAAACAAUUAACGGAAGAUACUAGUCAGCCUUCUAGUCUAAGUAAAGGGGUGGCUGUUCCGAAAGGUAGAUGGGCACAGAGGGCCGAAAAUGCCAUGGGAGUAAAGUCAUUUUAUUCCAAUCAGCCGUAUCCGUUCCCGUCACUCGAUCGACGGUUUGACUCAGACGGAGGUUCAAAGGACAGCUCGCUAGAUAGCGGAACAGAGAUAAAAUACUCCGAAACCCGUAGAGAAGUGACUUCCAUGUCCAAAGUUACUACCAGAGUAGAAACCAGUAGUAGGAGAGGUAUAAUGACUGACGACAGCGCCAUAGGGGAUGUCGAAUCGAACGCUCAUGACGGCGAUAUUGAUUCUGAUAUGGAGUAUAGGCAUCGGCCGAUAUAUUACCCGUCGCAAUCUGGAUCGCAAAGUGGUAGUGAAUUUACAGUGACCAAUAUAGAUGCAGAUGAGUUACGGAAAUCGCAACGGAAGAAGAAAACACCACAAAUAAUGAUACAGCAAGCUACUACUUCCCCGACGUUUGGAAGUAAUGAUUCGGAUGAUGAUGAAGAUGAGGCUUCAACUCCCAGCGGAGAUAACACUGACAGAAACCCACUGUCUUUAUUUUCUCUAAGCUCAGAGUCAUUAGAUCAGCUUGUUAGUAGAGAAAGGUAUCUUCAGUCCACCUUCGAAAGCAUGUCUGGUUUGGAGAGCGAUCUACAAACUCCAACUAACAAAUCCUCGAUAUCUUCCAAAUUCUUAACGAAAUCCAGCGAAAGGAAUCAAGAAGCUAUCAACGCCCUUAAACAAACCAAAAACGAUCCAGAUGCCAUUAGAAAGAGACAGGAGCUCAAUAAAAGGGUAGCUGAAACUAGGAAAAAAUUAGAAAGUGUUGGCCACAGUCCUCUCAAAUAUAGCCAGUCCAUACACGAUCUCUCCCACAUUCCCGAACGAGACAGAAGAUCAAAAAAACAAGUCUAUUUGGACGAAAGUUCCCCAGAUAGCAGUUUGCGUAGGUCUUGCAGCUUGAGCGACUUAAGUAUACAAACUUCAGCGAUUCCAAAGAGGAAAAUCGAACAAGUUACAGGAAAGAAAAGCACCAACGGCGUAGCCAGAAAUAACUCAAGGUACGCCAAAAACAAUUCAAUAACGCGCAGCAGAUCUAGCACCGUUUUAAAUCAAUCCGAUUCGGAUCCAGAUGCUCAAGAGAAGAAAGUUUCCAGAUUAAUGAGACCUACCAUUAGCUCUCAUAACAAGAUCAGCAAUAAGUCUUUGCAAAGUCGAAAGAAACACUCUUAUUCUGCAAGUAAUCUAAUAACAGUGGGCGUUACUGAUAACAUAUCAACUUCAGACGAAGACUCCCCCACUGCCCCUCCACGAAGUAGGACUAUAAAUUUCGAAAAUGGUCCAACCGUUACCCCCAGAAGGCAUUUAAAUAACAAAGAGAAGAACAGGACUGCAAGGCAUACUAUUCACUUCGACGAACUCUUAGCAAACGACGACUUUGAGUCAAACGAAAGCUAUUCAUCGGUGGAGAUUUCGAAUCAAGUUUGUGACGAUCUCAUAGAUCAACUAACCUCCACGGCAGAAAAAGUCGUCAAACUCUACGACCGUCUUAGCGAAGCGGACGACGGCAAUGAAUCUCAAAUAGACCGAAUGGACAAAGUGAAAAUGUCGAUGAUUCGCACCCAUAAGAUCCUCCACGAUUGCAUCCUCAAAGAAUUGAAGCAAAACAACGGCAACACUGACGUCAACCAAACGGACACAGUGAAGAAACUCAACGACUUGGUGUCCAAGGGCCCCAGCGGUCCGAACAACGUCAUCAACAUCAUGGAACAGUACUCGGAUAUCUUGCUAGAUAUGGUACAGCAGAAAAUGCAUAGCGCCAACAUUUGA